UAAACCCCCAAAACUGAAACUUCUCGGUCCAUUUCCUUUUUGACUGAAUUUUUCGUCUGGAAUUUUAUUAAACUUUUUUGAUAUUUUGUUUUUUCUUUACUGAAUUGUUAACUUGUUUAAAUUUAAAUUUUGUUGAACGAUUUUGUUAAAGUUUGAACGCCUGUUCUUAAAUAGCUGUUAAUUGAUUUUUAAUUUUUCAUUUAACUAUUUUUUAAUUCACAACUUAUAGUAUUUUAAUACUUAAAAAGUUCGAAUGUUAAGCAAAUUUAUCGCCUUUUUCGAUACCAAAAAUCUGCAAUUAAAUUUUUGAUUAUUCUGCAGAAUGCAAAAACUUUUCCAGGUCCGUUUAUUUCCUCGAUUUAAAAAAAUAUACUUUUUUUUUAAACUAUUAAAUAGUAAACGCUUGUAAAGGCAUACAACUAUUAUGCGUAUGAUUGGCCAAUUAAAGAUGAUGAACAAUAAUGUAUUCUACUUUAUAGUUGGCCGCAAAAGUAUACAUUGGAAUAAAGUUCAUCACGUGUUUGCAAUAUUGACAUUAAUUUAAUCAUAAUUUACUUUGAAUAUAUCUUAUAUUUUUGCAAAGCAUCUUAAAAAAUCAACAGAUGGAUAAAUUAUCGUUUUAUCUUCAUUAGUAUAAGUUUAUGAUUCGUCUUUUAUGAUUAGGAUUUCCAUUUUCACGAAGUAUUAUAAGUAUAGUUAUGUAAUUCAUUACAAAGAUUCCAACGUAAAAGAACGAUGUUUGCAGAUCAGAUUAAAAAUCGAGGUGUGAAUUGUGACACGUCAGUUGUAUAUUUAGUUAUGAUAAUAAUAUAAACGUGAACAUUUUGUAUUAUAAUGCAUCGCCGAAAGUGCAGUUAACUUCGUUCCAAAUUAUUUUAUAAAUCAAAAGUUAUCAUUUUAGAACUGCGUAAAAUCAUUUUAGCUUUAAAAAUUUAGCUAAUAAAUAAAUUAUCAUGAAAUCCGCCACUAUAGCUAUACAGAUAUAUCUUCAAUUCCAAUUGUUCCAUUUAAUAUCAAUGAAAGCACUGCCAUCAGCUUCUCAAUUUUCUUCGGAUAAUUCAUCAGUCCAGACUCUACGACAAGUUAAUGUGGUAAUUCGUCACGGACAAAGAAGUCCUCAAACUACUUAUCCCAAUGAUCCCUAUAAAAAUGAUCCCAUGGAACCGUAUGGUUGGGGUCAAUUAACAAAAGAAGGAAGACUUAGUCAAUAUCAGCAAGGGUUAUUUUUACGAAGCAGAUAUGGAACAUUUUUGGGUAGUAAAUAUAGUCCAGAAAUAUUUUGGUUACAAAGUACGGACGUGGAUCGUGCAAAAAGUUCUGCUUUAUUAGAAGCUGCCGCUUUGUGGAUGCCUGAUGGAAAUCAAUCUUUUUCAAGGGAACUUGCAUGGCAACCGAUAUCUUUAAAUUAUCAAACAAGUCAAAACGAUACCCUUCUUUUGAUUCGAUCAUCUUGUCCAGAUUACUCAAGGAUGCGAGAUGCUAUAUUAAAGUCAGAUAAUAUCAGUAAAAUUAAUGAUAUAAAUUUUAAUUUGUACCAAAAGCUUACGAAAAAUUCUGGUCAAGAGAUAACUAACCCAGACGAUGUAUUUGACUUAUAUUCCACACUUAUAGCAGAGCAAACAAUGAAUUUACUUCUUCCAAAUUGGACAGCAGAUCUUUUUACAGAAAUGGAGCAUUUAAGUAGUUUAAGCCUUAAAAUUAACGUUUACAAUGAAACUUUAUUGAAAAUGAAAGCAGGACCUCUCAUCACCGAAAUUACUAAUAAUAUGCUCAAAAAAAGUAAAAGUAUUUUGGUACCAGAACGUCGAAAAAUGUUCAUGUAUGUAGGUCAUGAUUCAACCAUCGCCAGCUUACUUGAAGGUUUGAAAGUAUGGAAUAUGCAAGUGCCGGGUUAUAAUGACAUGGUCAUUACAGAGCUUCAUGAAGAUAAAAGUGGAUUUUAUGUAAAGGUAUAUCUGAGAAAUUGCACCCAAAGUGAUCCGUACUCAUUAAAAAUUCCUGGCUGUAAUAUUGAGUGUCCAAUAAACCAAUUUAUUGAUAUAAUAAACCAAUUGAAAAUACAAAGGAUCUUGGUUGAAUUCUACUUAGUUUGGUGUCCAACGCCGUAAUUUCGAGAAGCAGUCCCCUCAAACUUUACGACAGCAUCGAUUAGUAGAUCUCCUUUAACGAUGUCCUUAUUUUAUGUGAAGUUGCAAAGACGCAGACCUAUAUCUGUCAGGUAGCGUAUAUCCAUCGAUCUAAAUCUGUCUGUGCGCAAUUUGCGGUUUUGCAACACUUUCGAUGACGCCAUCCACGUUCUUUUCUUUUAUCGACUUCACCGUAAAGAUAUUAAAAUCGGAGAGUUAUAGCAAGAUAUUGAAGGCAUGUCAGGUUUACGUGUCACGCUCUGUAAUUGAUUAGUGGACGCACUAACUCAUACCGAAAAUCAUUCCUUGGGUUGAGAGGAAAUUAGGAGAAGUGGACUGACACCUUACAGAGUUCCUGAUCGGUCACGGUUGCUGUAGUCGAAUCAAUGACAUCAACGGCUCAUGCCUGGCCUACUCUCGUGCAGAGGAAGACUUUAAACGUCACGGACUUCGAUUCAAGUAAGGAAGAGUAAAGCUCCAUC